GGGAAGGACGGCGAGAGAAUGAGGGUGCAUGAAACUGAACAUGAACAACGACGGAUUGUCCGUGGAUUUGAUCGCUUCGUCGUCAGCGCAUAAUUCCUUGCAGACAACACUUGCAUUAUAUAUCGCCUGCAAUCUCCAUUCGCGCGUUGUUCUAUUUCUUGAAUUGCUUUCUGUUUCCGUAGCGAAGGAGAUCGUUCGCAUUGAGAAGAAGCCCUAAAGGAAUAUAUGCGAAGAGGAAUGGAGAAGAAGAAGAAGUAUCCAAUUGGACGCGAGCACUACGCUCUGUAUGAAGAGGUAGGGCUUGGUGGUAGCGCUUCGGUUUGCCGCGCCCUCUGUGUCCCCCUCAACGAGGUCGUCGCCAUCAAGAUUAUUGAUAUUGAAUCCCGCAACAACGAUCUGAACAAGAUAUCUCGCGAAGCACAGACAAUGGUCCUGUUCGAUCACGUGAAUGUUCUCAAGUCACAUUGCUCUUUUGUUAGUGACCAUGAGAUUUGGGUCGUCAUGCCAUACAUGGCAAUGGGUUCUUGUUCCCACAUAUUGAAGUCUGCAUAUCCUGAUGGUCUUGAGGAGGUUGCCAUUGCCACUGUACUGCGGGAGGUAUUGAAGGGCUUGGAGUAUUUGCACGACGAAGGACACAUUCAUCGAGAUGUCAAGGCUGGAAAUAUUCUCAUUGAUGCACGCGGUGGGGUUAAGCUAAGUGACUUCGGCGUAUCUGCUUGUUUGUUUGAUUCAGGCAAUAGGCAAAGAACAAGGAAUACAUUUGCGGGGACACCGUGCUGGAUGGCACCUGAGGUUGUGGAGCAAUUGCACGGUUAUGACUUCAAGGCCGACAUUUGGUCUUUUGGCAUUACUGCUAUAGAACUGGCCCAUGGCCAUCCUCCUUUUUCAAAUUAUCCCCCGAUGAAGGUACUACUUAUGACGUUGCAAAAUGCGCCACCUGGCCUUGAUUAUGAGAGAGACAAGAAGUUCUCAAAGUCCUUUAAGCAGAUGAUUGCUAGCUGCUUGGUAAAAGAUCCCUCAAAACGGCCGUCUGCGAAGAAGUUGUUAAAGCAUUCCUUUUUCAAGCAAGCAAGGUCCAGUGAUUACAUUGCUAAAACUCUCCUGAAGCGGCUUCCUGCUCCUCUCGGUGCCAAUGAGAAAGACUUGAAGAUGAAAGGAGAUGUACUUUCUCAGAAGAAAAUACAAGAUGGUCAGAAAGAGGCAACGUCACAGAAUGAAUAUAACCCAGGAAUUAGUUGCUGGAAUUUCAAUUUGGAAGAGUUAAAGGCUCAGGCUAUCUUGGUACAGCUUCUAGCUGCUGCUGUCGCUUUUCUCCGUUUCUAUCCGAUCUCACUAUUGAAUGGCGGUAAUUGGUAAAU